GUGAUUGCAGCGGUGGCUCUAGCCGUGGCAGGCGGCCCUGCAAAGCGAAACCAACUCCGGCAGGUGCGUGCCUGGGCGUGUAAAGAUGGGUAGCGGUGCCGUGGCCGUGAAUCCGUUGACGCACGACUCGGACACGGCUUGGAACCGACUCAAGGCGACCCAGACGGUGCGUGCGGUCACCCCGCUUUCCCUGGACACUCCCGUCAAAGACGACGCCGUGCGAUUCGUGUGCAUCUCCGACACACACAGCGCGAUCGAGCGUAUGCGCUACCCGAUACCCGAAGGAGACGUGCUACUACACGCCGGAGACUUCACCAAGAGAGGCCUUUCCGAAGAAGUGGACGCGUUCAGCCGGUUCCUGGCCACCCUUCCGCACAGGCACAAGUUUGUCAUAGCAGGAAACCACGAGCUGUCCUUUGACCCAGCCACGACCGGGUACUCACAAUCUCGCGCUCAAGCCGCGCUCGAGGAAGCCGUCGCACGAGUCAAGCGGCGACUACUGAACUGCACUUACCUGGAGGACGCUGAGGCCACUGUAUGCGGCGUUAAGCUCUAUGGCUCUCCGUGGCAGCCGCGGUUCCACGACUGGGCCUUCAACCUCCAGCGCGGCCAGGCGCUGCUCGAGAAGUGGAACCGCAUUCCUACUGACACGGACGUUCUCAUGACGCACACGCCGCCUGUCGGCCACGGUGACUUCUGCAUCCGGAACCGGCACGUCGGCUGCGUCGAGCUCCUGAGCGUCGUGCAGAACCGGGUGCGGCCGCGCUACCACGUAUUCGGACACAUCCACGAGGGCCACGGAACGACAACCGACGGCGAGACCGUGUUUGUAAAUGCGGCCAUCUGUGAUGUACGCUACAGGCCGGUCAAUGAGCCAAUCAUCUUUGAUGUCCCGCUCCCAGAAGGUGCCUCAAAGGAUCACUGACUGAACUGGUGGACGUUUCAAAAACAUUCUGCGUG